AUGCGGCCGCGGGAGCUCGGACUCCGGCUCCUGGCGCCGCUGCUGCUUCUGUGGCCGCCGUCCACGUGCGCCCCGAAUCCCAGGGCGCAGGACGUGAGCCUGGGCGUGGACUGGCUGACCCGCUAUGGUUACCUGCCACCGCCCGAUCCCGCCCAAGCUCAGCUGCAGAGCCUGGCGAAGCUGCAGAACGCAAUCAAGGUCAUGCAGAGAUUUGCAGGGCUUCCAGAAACGGGUCAGAUGGACCCACUAACAAUAGCCACCAUGCACAAGCCCCGCUGCUCCCUGCCGGACGUAAUCGGGGCUGCCGGGCUGGUCCGGCGCCGCCGCCGCUAUGCCCUGGGCGGCAGCAUGUGGAAGAAACAAGCCCUGACAUGGAGAGUCCAGUCCUUCCCCCAGAGCUCCCAGCUGAGUCCGCAGACCGUGAGAACCCUCAUGAGCUAUGCCCUGGCCACUUGGGGCCUGGAGUCCGGCCUCACGUUCCAAGAGGUGGAUUCUCAACACCAGGAGCCCGACAUUCUCAUCCACUUUGCCCGAGCUUACCACCAGGACAGUUACCCCUUCGAUGGGCCAGGAGGCACUUUGGCUCAUGCAUUCUUCCCUGGGGAGCACCCCAUCUCUGGAGACACCCACUUCGAUGAUGAGGAGACCUGGACUUUCGGGUUAAAAGAUGGUGAGGGAAUUGACCUGUUUGCUGUGGCGGUUCAUGAGUUUGGCCAUGCUCUGGGCCUCGGCCACUCCUCCGCUCCCGACUCCAUCAUGAGGCCCUUCUACCAGGGCCCCGUGGGCAACCCUGACAAGUACCGCUUGUCCCAGGAUGAUCGCGACGGCUUGCAGCAGCUCUACGGGAAAGGGCCCCGAACUCCACAUGACGAGCCCACCAGGCAACCCUUGGCUCCCCCUCCCAGACCUCCAGCCCCACCCCCGGAAAGCCCCUCCACACCUGUGCCAGAUAGAUGCGAGGGCAAUUUUGACGCCAUCGCCAAUAUCCGAGGAGAGACUUUCUUCUUCAAAGGUCCCUGGUUCUGGCGCCUGCAGCCCUCGGGACAGCUGGUGUCGCCCCGUCCGGCCAGGCUGCACCGGUUCUGGGAGGGUCUGCCCCCGCGCGUGCACGAGGUCCAGGCUGCCUACGCCCGGCCCCGCGAUGGCCGGAUCGUCCUCUUCAGCGGCCCCGAGUUCUGGGUGUUCCGGGACCGGCAGCUGGAGGGCGCAGCGCGGCCGCUGGCGGAGCUGGGGCUGCCCCCGGGCCGGGGGCUGGACGCCGUGUUCUCGUGGCCGCUCAACGGGAAGACGUACCUGAUCCGGGGCGGGCAGUACUGGCGCUACGACGAGGCGGCCGCGCGCCCGGACCCCGGCUACCCGCGGGCGCUGAGCCUCUGGGAGGGGGCUCCGCCCGCCCCCGACGACGUCACCGUCAGCAACGCAGGUGACACCUACUUUUUCAAGGGCGCCCACUUCUGGCGCUUUCCCAAGGGUAGCGUCAAGACUGACCCAGAUUCCCCCCAGCCCAUGGGGCCCAAGUGGCUGGACUGCCCGGCCCCAAACUCUGACCCUCAAGUCCCCAAGACCCCUAGAGGUACCCCCAAGCCUGGAGACUGCGACUGUCAGUGCGAGCUCAAUGGGUCCCCGGGGCAGCCGCGGCCGGAGACCCUCCUGCUGCCCCUCCUGCCCCUGCUGGCUGCUCUAGGCUUCGCUCUGUGCUGAGCCCGGACGUCCCUAGAGGAGCGGCUCCCUGCACUGAAGGGGUCAGAGCCUCCCAUCGCUGCACGGGCACGGACUUCAGAGGUGCUGCGGCACCCCACUGUUCCCAUCGAAGGAUCCCAAAGGACACUGAUUCCUCGUGGGGAGCCGGCGUACACUGCACACUACGGGUGCCCGUGGGCAGUGGUCAGAGUCAGCCUGCCCAUCAAGGCUGCUGCCUGGGUCAGCUGGACUCCUUCCUCUCCAGCGCUGGGAAGGGCUCCGCUGUGGGGAAGCCACAAGGGAAGAGUGGAGGAAGGGCGGGCUUGAGCGAGGGAACUGGACACCCGAGUGUCCUGCACCCCUCCCUCGUGGACCACAGGCAAGGAACACAUGUCCACGCACAGGCAACAGACCAAAGCAAGAUUGCAACAAAACCAGUUUUGGUGAACCAGCGAGCUUAUUGGGGUUACUUGCAGAGCCGCGUGAAGAGUUUUAUUUAUGGGAGUAUGAGAC